GAUCCUACGAUACGCUUUAUUGCCGUCAUUGGUAUAGAGCACGUCAUCUCACGCAUGCGUUGUAGCGUCGCAAUAUAUUGCAUCUGACAUCACUGAAUGCAGCCAAUAGCCACGUGAGUGAGAAGGGAGACUUUUGCAUUUACAACAGCAAGCUGAGAUGCGACGAACAGCUGAACAAAAAGGUUAUAGAAGCUAAAGGUAUACGGAGGAAAAAAUCUAAAAAAUGGCGGAAUUUGUGGCAAAGCGUUGCGAGGAUAUGAUCCCCCAGCUGGAGCAAAUGGAAAGGAUCAAACUCUUUGAUAAAAAUGAGAUUCGGACUAUUGCCAAGAAGCUAAAGGAAUUUGAGUACAAAAUUGAACGUCAUACGAAAUACAAAAAGGACUUUGAAGAAUACAUACACUAUCAAAUGAAACUCUUGGCAUUGAUCAAACAGCGAAGGCAUAAAUAUGGCAUCCUCAAAAAGAAGUCAGAUAUUGAUUUUGCUAUAGCAAAUAAAAUUAGUAACUUAUAUAAAAGCGCAAUAUUUAAAUUUCAAGAUAUUACACUAUGGACUGAUUAUUUAAAAUUUUGCAAAGAUGUACAUUUCCGCAGCAACAUCAGCCGUACAUUAGGCAAAAUGUUAAAAAUUCAUGAGGAUAAUCCAAAAUGCUGGCACAUAGCAUCACGUUGGGAGCUAGAGGAGAAUAACGACAAAGAUAAUGCUCGGCAGAUGCUCCUCAAUGGAUUACGCAUACAUCCAAAUUCACAGUUGUUAUACAUGGAUGCUUUUAGACUUGAGUUAGAUGAUUAUGUAUCUGUCUCUAAAGACACUGAAAAUACUGAAAAUCAGGAAGACAAUUUAUCGAUAUCUGAAGAAAACGAGAUGCCAUUGUCAUCAAAAAAAGCAUAUGUGAUAUAUCAGCAAGCUUCUGAAUAUAUUCACGACAUCAAAUUCAUAAUUAAAUUGCUCACAGUUACUGAAGAACAUGACAACACAGAAGAAUUGCAGAUGAAAAUUGUCAGUGACAUGCUUCGAGAUUACACUCUCGAACCUUUAAUGUGGAACAAGGUAGCACAUCGUCAAUUGGAAGGUCUGAUACAGCUUGACAUUCUUGACCCUCCGAUUGAACUGAACAAUUCUGAGCAGAUCUCACUGAAGGAUCGCAUUACUAUUUGCAACGAUGUCUAUCAAGUGGCCUUGAAACAUGUUCCUACUGAGGAAAUGUGGUCGCUUUACAUAGAAUGCUUACUAGAUAUCAACAAAGAUCAGGAAUCAUUACCUAAUUUCAAGAAGAAGCUUUUAAAGGCUGUUCUGACGCAGGCUCAUCAAGCAAAGAAGCUGAAGGAUAAAUAUUAUUCAUACUGGAUUAAUAUGCUAGGCGCCAAAGCAAUGGAUGAAGACAUGCAGCAGAGGCUACGUCAAUUUCUAUGUGAAGCGACCGACACCAUGCCGAACAGUGUGAUUCUUUGGCACACGCGACUAAAAUACUUGUUGCUUUCAGGCUACGAGAAAGAAGCGGUUGCGAUAUAUCCAAAGAUGACAAAAAUAUUGGGGGAGAAAGCACUGCCCCUGUGGAAAAUGCGGAUUCUACAUGAGCAAAGAAAAAACUCGGAGACGACAAAUGAGGCGUUCCAAGCCGCUUUACAAGCUCACCCGCUUAUCGCCAAGGAUAUAAAGCCUGAUUACAUCGAGUGGCUCGCCGCAACGAAAGGCAUCCAUGCGGCUCGCACGGCGUAUAACGACCUAUGCCUGCAACCGCCUUUUUCACUGGAGUGCCAUAAAAAAAUGGUGUCGCUUGAAGUUAUGCAGCCCGAUAUCUCACUGAAGCACGCGCGGCGACCUCACGAGUUGGCGACGCACCUGUUCGGCAAGAACGACAAGUCCGUCUGGAUGGAUUACAUGAAAUUCGAGUUUAAGCACGGCGACCCGUUGAAAGCUGGUCACAUACAUAAUAGGGCAGUGAAGACUCUGGAUAAUAGUCUGGUAGCUUCUUUUAUCGAAGAUUUUGUUCUAAUGAAAAUGGAAGGCCAAUUUGCGAAGAAUUCGCGCAUUAUGGACGCUUUGACUGAGCUCUCAGACAAGGUGUGAGCUGUCUAUAUUUUAUACGAACGUUUAUACGGACGAAGAAAAAUCAUUGCACAUAUUAGUUUAAGGUAUUAGUAAUAAAUCAAGAAGAAUACUUGUUGGUUAGUCGUAAUUAAUGAAAUUGUGUACGCGAAAAAAACUUCAUCCAAUAAAUUUUAUCAAGAAGUU